AAUUUGAUUUAAACUAGAAACGUAGGAUGGUAGCACAUGUUCGAAUAGACACUGUCAACCAACUUUUAUAAAAUCAAACGUCACAAAAUGAAUUAAUACUGGUUUAAUUAGCUUCUAGAGUUUUAAAUUAUUUUAGACGUUUAAGCUCAAACCAAUAUUAAAUAAUAGCACUGCUUUCUAAGGGUUGAGCAAUUCUUUUAUACUAACGAAAGAGGGAUUAUUUUAAUUAAGGCUUAAGAGAGAAGAUGACAGUACCUGUCACAAACAGUUUCUUAUGUUUGAGGUUAUUUUUUCCACAAUAAUUUUUUCUUUUAUUAUUAUUGGCGUUUGUAAAAAAUAAGAAUUAUGGGAGGGAAACAUAAAAUAGCGAAUAGAACCAAGAAUAACGCUAGACCUUCUAAUAGCGGAAGAAGCGCAGAACUUUUAGGAACGUUGCCUCAAUUUGCAGGCUUUUCAGCAGUUAAAGACAAUAAUUUCGGAUUUCCUUUAACCAAUACUGACGAAUUAGAGGCAUGCUUAGACCCGAAUGUCCAGGUUAUAUUAAAAAAAAUUACCAAAAAAGAUUGUACUACUAAACUUAAGGGUUUACAAGAAUUAGCUGCAUUUAUCAUAGAAUCAGAUCAGGAAACUGUUAAAUCUAUUCUUCCAAUAUGGCCCAGAUUUUAUAACAUUCUUGCUACAGAUAUUGACAAUCGUGUUAGAGAAGCAACUCACAAUGUACACCAUCAAAUUGUACUCAAAGUGAAACGUAACAUUGCCCCAUACUUAAAGCAGCUUAUGGCGCCUUGGUUUACUUCGCAAUAUGAUACUUACCCUCCAGCAGCAAGUACUGCUCAGCAAGCAUUCAAGGAUGCUUUUCCACCAAACAAAAUACAAGAAGCGAUUAUUUUUUGUCAAGAGGAAAUCUUAAAUUAUCUCGGCGAUAAUUUAUUAGUUCAAACUGCUCAGACUUUAAGUAACCUGAAACAUGUUUCAACAGAAGAAGCAGAGGCUAAAUAUGAAAGAGUGUUGAUCUCCUGUUUACAAGGUUAUUACUUGUAUUUGGAACAAGUAUCCACGGAUCAAAUAAUCGAUGCAUCUGAGUUGAACGAUCGUAUUAUAUCUAAUUCUAAAUUUUGGAAAUUCUCCAAAAGCAAGGUGGCGCACAUAAAGGCGUCAUUUUUUAAAAUAAUAUCCAUUUUAUUUCAAAAGGCACCUAUACUUCUUGAUAACAAAGGCUCCCAUGUUACUGGUAGUGUUAUUGGUAACCUUGAGGAACAAGAUCCUAUAGUAUUGCCUGUCAUUUGGGAAGUACUACUUCUAACCAUCUCCAAUGUGAAAAAUUGGUGGAAUUUUAUAAGUAUCGAGAAACUAUUUUUGCCUAAAUUGUGGAAAAUUUUAAAGCAAGGUGGACAAGGAAAUGCUUCUCUAAUUUGUCCCAGCUUACUUCCUUUAAUAUCACAUCUAUAUCCAAUUAGUGAUAAGGAUAAUCAAUUUUAUAAUCAAUUUUUCGAAAAUUUAUGGUUAGGAUUUAAACAAAAAUCAACAAUAUCGAGUCGUUCUGAAUCGGUUGCUGUAGCUACCGCAUAUAUAGAAUGUUUUCAGUACAUAAUUCUAAAAAGACAAUCUGAUUUAUCUUUUUGUAAGACCUUGAUUAGAACCCAACUAAUAUGUUCAAUCGAAUGGUGUAUAAUUGAGGAUCAAACUAAUUACAAGACUUUUUUCAAUCAAAUAUCUUCUUUAGCACAGCAUUGGACUCGUAAUUCGAACUCUGUGGAUUUAGAGGCUUGCCUAGAGUUCUUUUUAGAAUGCGUCCAAGAUGUUUUUAGAGCCACCUUGUUCAAUUUUAAAGAAUAUCCUUGUCAUAAUGUUGGAAAAGUUGCCGAAAAGCAAUUGGAUUUGUUACAAUCGUUAAAAUGUAUACAUAGACCUAAGAAACAAUUAAAGGUUAAGUUUAGCUGUGAAGCAGAUGGAGAUGUAGAUACAAAACAUGAACAUGCUGUAAUUGCAUCCGAAGAUAAAAAAUACAACGAUCGUUUGAACAAUUUGGUUUUUAAAAUUUGCGACGAUUACUUUGAGUACAUAUCAGAAAAGAAAUCUCAAGACCUCAUCGAACACCUUUAUUCUCUAGUGAUAGAUUUUGAUAAGAAGAGCUUUUUCUGGCAGUUGAAUGAAAAGAUGAAACAAAAAAAUGCAGAUUCAAAACUCAUAGAUAUUCAUACGAACGUUCUACAAGAAUGGCUUAUACAACCGGAAUGGUGUUCCAAGCAUGUUGUUAGUUUGAUAUUUUUGUUGUACGAAUUUGUCGAAAAAGAUGACAAAAAAAUUAUUUUGAAUACUGUUCUAAAGGUAACUUCUCAGCAAUGUCUGUGCUGGUGUAUUACGGAAGCACUGGCUCACCCUCACAAUAAAGAUCCUUUCAUAAAAGAAUGGCUCAAAUCAGACAGAAUUAGUAAAUGUAUCAUAUCCAUAACAGAUAAAAUAAUCGAGGAUGAUUGUUCACCCGAACUGUCAACAUUGUUUAAACUUGCUCUUACAGAAAAUGCCCAGGGAGAGCUUUACAUCGACAAUUCCACAAUAUCUGAUAUAGUUUUGAAAUUAAUAUCGGUAUUAGAAGAGUACCCUAACUAUUUAGUUACUGCAGAUACUUGUACCAGUUUGGCUGCGUACAUUUCCGCAAUCAUUUAUACGGAAAAUCUGCUUCUAACUUACGGAGACGAAUUAUUGUUAGCACUCUUCAAACUCUCAUGUAAAUCAGACAUCGAUCACGAAAUUAUUUCUCAAGAAACUAUGUACGAAGUAACGACCGCUUGGCAGGACUCUGUUACAUUAUUAACAAAAAAUAUGGACAAAGAAAAAAAUCUAGGCUUGAUUUACAAAUUAGCAAAUAUUAUUAAAGAUGAAUUUAUGAAAAGUGAUCUAGAUGAGGACAAGAUUAAUUAUACGAUUCAAGUUUAUGUUAAUAUUCUCAGAGCUAUACAUAGAAGUUUACCGUUGCAUUUAACAGAAUUUUUAGAUAUACUCGUGGAAAAGACAUUCGUAAAUUGUUUAGAAGGGAUAUACGCACAAAAUCUGUGUAUUCUAGCUGAAUAUAUUUCCGGCAAUUUGAGUAGUCCUUACAAAGAGAUUAAUCCAAAUACAAGUAGCAUAGAAAAAAAUGGAAUGGCUCGAUAUUUUGCUUGGAUUUACUUGAAAAUAGGAAUAUUAGCUUCCGAUUUAAAAGAUGUUAACGAAGACGACGAUGAUUUAGAUGAAGAACUUAGAGAUGAUGAAAAAUCGACGAUUAUUUUAAACGUUAUUGAUCAGCCUCAUGAUCAUAUCUCUCAGUUAUUACAUGAUUUAACUGUGGAACAAACUUAUUUGGAAACUUUUAAAAACACUUUUUAUUUCGACAAAAUCUUCCAUUACCAUCUAUUAACUGAAAUUAAAUUGAAAUCAACUUUGGAAAAUGCGGAUGAUUUACUGAAAAGUAACCUCAGAAGUGCUCUAAAAACAAAAUCGUUGAAAUGUGGAUGGCAUUGGGCCAAAGCAGUUUACAUUCUUUACUCCGAAAUGUUACCGACAGAUCCAGUUUCCGUUUACAAAGAAUUUGUACAGGACGUUACUGAAACGAACGGAACGUACAUUCAGCAUUUAACGAAACUUUUCAGUAAACAUUUAACAUAUGAUGACAUCGAAAAUAAAUUCGAUGCUAUUGGAAAUAUCAUCACCUUACGUAGUUUAUUACAUUGUCGAGACAUCGACGUUCAAAUAGCUGAGGUUUUUAUGCAGAUGGAAAAGAUCCGAAGCAAAAAUGUACCACAAUUUUUGUAUAACUAUAACAAUAUCAAUUGGCAAGAAUGUCAGGAAAUUAUCGAAAUAAUUAGAUUGUGUGCUGGCAUGAUGAAAACACAGUUUGAAAGUUUGGGUCAGCGUCACUGGGACUUUGCCAUUUUAUCUUUAGUUUCAUGGGCUUCCAAUUGCUUUAAAUUCAGAGCUUCCUAUGAAACGCAUCAGUAUCAAGCAAUGCUGUCUGCGGUUAUAGAUUUGUAUGUUAAUACCGAUAAUAGAAUCAAAUUAUUGAAGGAAAAAGGGAUAAGGAGUAAUUACAUUGAUGAAUGGAAUGAUGUGUUGAUGGAAAAUAUCCAUUGUGACUUAUUACAGACGUGGUUGUAUCUAUCGGAUCAACUCAGAGUUAAAGAAGACGUAGUAAAAUAUUUACCUUUCAUUCAAGAGGUCUCCAAACUGUUACCGAACAUAAAAUGUGAUAAAAUAUUUAAUUUAAGCGGUUCCACUUUGCCAAAAUGGACUAAAUUCUUAAAACAGAGCUGUACGUUAUUAAUAACUAGACAACCAAACUUGCAACUGUGGGGUUAUAAGAUGUUACAAAAUUUGGUACCUGGUUUGAUCAAACUAGACACAGAAGCUGUCAAUACCAAUAGGCCACAUCAGAAUGGAUUAAUAUUCGAACAAUUUAAAGAAAAAUUGAACGAAACUCACGAAAUAGUAAAACAUAUGUUUAUGAAAUUUAAGUUAGGUGAAGAUAGUUGUAAAGUCGAAUCAAUGACAGAUUCUUACACUUAUACUCUCGCAUACUUAUUACUAUGGGAUAUUUUAUUGACGUUAUGCCAUAACGCUAAUACUGAACUUCGUUUUCAAUAUGCUGACUGGCUCAGAAACGAAAACUUGUUGAAACUCUUUUUGGACAAUCUUUUUAAACUGAUGCCUGCAGAAGUUUUACAUUAUAGUGAAGGAAAAUCGAAAUGCCUCAAGGACUAUUUUCUCCAGAAACCCGAAGAUAUCGAAAAAGAUAUUUGCGAUAGUGUGAAAAUAGAAAAACUCGUGUGUUGGUUGUAUUCUGCUACUUUGGCUCAGUUACCAGCUGUUGUUCGCCAAUGGUGGACCAGUUUAGAUAGUAAAUUAGCACAGGUUGUAGAAAAAGUUACCCAAAUGUACGUAUCGCCUAGAUUGAUUACAAGGGAACUUAACGACGUCAUGUCGUAUCAACAUAAAUGCAAAAAUAUGGUGGUCAAAGUAUUUCCAAGUUCGAGGGAAAUUGCAGCUGUCUAUACAAUAGACGAGGCCGAAGUAGAAUUACUCAUAGUUUUACCACCAAAUUAUCCAUUAGGUGCCUUAUACGUUGAAUUGAGGAAUCAAUUUGGAGGUACUAGCCACAAACAAUGGAUGCUCCAGUUUAAAAAAUGUGUCAUACAUCAAAAUGGAAGAAUUUGGGAUGGCCUCUCACUAUGGAAUAGUAAUUUGGAUAAAAAAUUCGAUGGCGUCGAAGAAUGUUAUAUAUGCUUCGCAGUUUUGCAUCCAGGAACUUAUCAAUUACCAAAAUUGUCAUGUCAGACUUGUCGUAAGAAAUUUCAUUCCGCCUGUCUGUACAAAUGGUUUCGAACAAGUUACAAGAGCUCAUGCCCCAUAUGCAGAAAUUUAUUCUAAAAAUUAUUUUAUUGUUCUGCUGUAAAUAGACGAUAUGUUCCAGAUGGAUAUUUAUUUUUCUUGGUUCUUGUACAUGAAUAAACGAUAUAUUUUGUU